UCAAUAUAUCAAACGGGGCAAAUAUUUGUUCAACUGGGCUAAUUAUGCUUUGCAAUUGCGAAGUAGGCGACGCAGUUUGCUUCAUCGAUAAGUGACAGAAAAUUGAAUGUCAAACAAACAUUGUGAAUGUCAAAGUCUUGUUGCUCCUCUAAUUGAUUGGCACGUGAAUUCAUAAGGAAAAAUCUUUGCCAAGAAAGGCGCACGAAUCUGGCGUGAAAAUCUUCACAAAUCAUAAUUGGAAAAUCGUAAAGUAGUAAUAGCAAUUACAAAGUGAUUAACAUCAUUAUAAAUAGUUUAGUGAAAAUGAUGUUAAACGUCAUUGCGUUUCUUAUGGUGAACAUCAUAGCGGGAAUCCUCACGACCAUUUUUAUGAGGAUCCUCAUCACGAACUAUAUUAUGAUGAUGGCUAUGAAUAUCAUUUUGAAGAUGACUGCGGACAUCAUUCCGAACGUUAUAAUGUACAACACCUUGAAGAUCAUCAUGGACAUUGCUGUCGCCAUCAUUAUUAACAUGCUCAUGAUCAUAGCGCUGAGCUUCCUUAUGAGAAUCAUAAUGCAGCUCAUUACGAAUAUGAUUAUGAACGUCAAUAUAAAUAUGUUGCUGAACGUUACAACGAAUAUCAUUAUACACUUAAUGAUGCCCGCGAUUACGAGAGUUAUUUCAAGCCUUCUAAUGAACAUACUCAUGAACAUUAAUAUUAAUAUAAAAUUUAACAUGAUUAUGACAAUGAGUAUCACUAAAAUGAUAGCUACACUAAUAAAAAAUUAA